UGAACGUGCAAUUUCCCGCCAUUAUCAAUUUGGCGCCAGUUCGAUCAUUUCACAAUACAGGAGAGAAGUAGGACACAGAUUGAAAAAGGUUGAAGUUCUAAUCCGUGUCAUCGCUUGUUACAUUGACAGAUAAUUCCAACAACACACAUUUGAAGUUUGUGGUAAUUUGUUUUUAAAGGUUAAGUUCUAAAUUUGAUUUGGAAAAUGUUUGAGGCAAGACUUGCACAGGGCUCCCUCUGGAAGAAAAUAAUUGACGCCAUCAAAGACUUACUUACGGAAGCAAUAUGGGACUGCAACAGUACUGGAAUAGCAUUGCAAGCUAUGGACAGCUCGCAUGUCAGCCUUGUGUCACUCAACCUCCGUUCAGAUGGCUUCGAAACCUACAGAUGCGACAGAAACUUGUCCAUGGGCAUGAAUCUUGCUAGUAUGUCAAAGAUCCUCAAAUGUUCAGGAAAUGAUGACAUUAUCACAAUAAAAGCUGAGGACAACCCAGAUACUGCAAUGUUUAUCUUCGAGUCAGCAAAUAAUGAAAAGGUAUCCGAUUAUGCAAUGAAGUUGCUUGAUUUGGACACAGAACAGCUGGGUAUUCCUGAUACAGAAUACAGCUGUGUUGUGAAGUUACCAUCUGCAGAAUUUCAGAGAAUUUGCAGAGAUUUGAGUCAAAUAGGAGAAUCCAUUAUUGUCUGUUGUACAAAAGAAGGCGUGAAAUUCUCAGCAAGUGGAGAUUUGGGCACAGGUAAUGUGAAAUUGGCACAGAACUCGAGUGCAGAUAAAGAUGAGGAUAAUGUGACCAUAGAGAUGAACCAGGCUGUUACUCUGACUUUUGCACUUCGUUACUUGAACUUCUUUACAAAAGCCACUGCAUUGUCGCCACAAGUGACUCUGUCAAUGUCCCAAGAUGUACCUUUAGUGGUGGAGUACAAAAUAGCAGACAUGGGCUACCUCAGAUUUUAUCUUGCUCCAAAGAUUGAGGAUCAAGACGAUUCAUGAUGGAAUUGAUAUAGCUACCUGCAUGGACAUUAAUGGAACUGUGAUUAUCGAGUUUUCCCCUCUUGGACAAAGUUUGAACUCGGCAUUUUCUAUUUAUCAUUUAAAAAGACCAACAAAAACAAUUCAAAGGCAAAAAAGCUUUUUGUUGUGGAGUAUAUCGACUCAUUAGCUGAAGUGACAAGUUGACAAAUGUGAAACAUAGAUGCAUUAUAACACUAUAUAAGCUGAAAUACUUGUCUGUUUUGACUGAUCGUUUUGUUGUUCAUUGUUGCCAGUCCUGACUCAUUGUACUUGUUUUGUGUAUUAACAAGUAAAUUCAUCAAUAAAUAUUAAUAUGUAAUGUGAAA